UUAAAUUUAAUUUACACUUUCUCAGUUACCGUUGGAAAACUUGAAAUGCAAGAAGAUUUUAGAAAUAAGAUAAGUGAUUAGUAUUUUAGUUAUACAGGUAAAUAAAUAUAUUUUCCUAUGAUACGGACAAUAGGAUCUUUUCUUUUCUUCUUUCAAUCACGUCACUAUUUAUAUGUCGAUUUCAAUUGUCUUGUCUAUCGUGACAAGCCAUAUGAACAUAAGUUGCAAAAUUGAAAGCGACAUUUCUGUUUUUCUUCAAAUAGUGUUGCAUAUUUUUGGAUAAUAGGCUAUUUAAAGUCAGAAUACAAUUUUAUUAUAACUGAUGAAUUUCCGAAAAGCCUAAUAUUUAAUAGCUGAUUUAUAUUGGUGAAAUUAUAUGUUCAAAUUCUUACCAUGAUGGGUGGGUAAAUGAUUCAUCUAUAGCCACACUCACACCCACCCCGAAAAAAACAGAUGUUAGAUCCUGCAAGAUCCAAUGAGGUCUUACUCCUAUAAGGUUUUUUCUAUGAUCUUGUUACAAUAGCGGACAAUAUCUUAUAUGUUCAUUUUUUUAAAGAUAUUCUCAGAUUUUGAUUGUUCGGUGUCAGCAAAUAAUCUUAUAAGACUCAAUGAUUAAGACACUGAUUUGGACAGACUGAAUCCUUCUUGUCAGACCUUAACAGAUCAUACAAGAUCUAAAACAAAGAAACAUACACGGUACAUAAUGUAGAUCUUGCCUGUUAGCAUCUGAUCAUGUAUGGUCUGUUCUGUUCUUUCCCUUAUUCGAGAAUAGUUGAUUUCAUCAGCUUUCCGAUGAAGAACAGUACCCGGGAAAAAGACUCGAAUAGUUUAUGUCAGUUUUUUUCUUCUUUUUCUAUACUAAUAGUGUAGAAAACGGUUAUCUUUAUUUUUCACCUUUCUAUAUUAAUAGAGUACAAAACGGUUACUUGUAUUCCUGAUUUUUCUGUAGUGAUAAAAUAGUAAAUCCUAUUUAUUUUUUAUUUUCUAUAUUGAUGAUAUAGAAACAGCUAGUUUUAUGUCCUAUUUGUCUAUAGUAAUAAUAAUUUAGAAAAUGCUGAUUUUAAUUUCUUAUUUUUUGCAUUGGUCAUAUGAAGAAUGUUAUUUUUUAUUUUUCUACAUUGGUAACAAAGAUAACAAUUUGUUUUAUUCUCUAUUUUUUGUAUAUUGUUGACAUAGAAAAUCUUAGUUUUUAUUUUGUAUUUUUCUAUAUCGAUAAUAUAGAAAAAUAAGAAUUAAAACUAACUGAUAUUUAUAUUAUCAAUUAAAAUCAAUAAGAAUUCAAAAAUAAGAUUUUCUAUAUUAUCAAUAUAAAAAAUCAAAAAUAAUAAAUAAAAUUUUCUAAUCUGCCAAUUUAGAAAAACAAGAAAUGAGAAUGAAGAUUCUUGUAUUAUCGAUAUAGAAAAUAAAAGCAAUAAAACUAACUGUUAAGUAUAUUACCAACAUAGAAAAAUUAAAAUUAAAACUAAUUGUUAUUUAUAUUAUUAAUAUAGAAAAAUGAAAAAUAAUGAAUAGAAUUUUAUAUAAUAUCAAAUAUAGAGCAAAUGUUGACUGUACUUGUUCUAAAAUAAGACUGAAGUUUAUGUGGAAAAAAACCGAAGCAAGGUAGCCGGUCAGACUGAUUAUUUCCAUGUGUAUAAGAGAUAUUUGAGAAGUUCGAUUUAAUUGAAAUAAAUCUAUAAUAUUAAUAAGCAUCUCAUAUAGCUCUAUGCCAUCAUCCAUAAGUAGAAAAUAAAAUUAUCUACUCGAAUUUUAUGUCUCACAAUCUCUUUGAUUUAAAAAGCAGAAAGUAUUGUUUUGUUUCUGACUCUCAUCUUCGAGUUGUUUGACACAUAAUUAUACUUCUCAUACCAUUUUACAUGUAUUUGUUUUUUGUCGAUCCAAGAAAAGAAAUAAUACUAAAAUGUACUUUCUUCCAAUUGCACUGAGACAUUAAACAUAUUAAAAAUACAUGACAUUACAUGUAAUAAAAAUGAAAAUUGAUUAAUAGUAUUAAAUUUAAUCAAGAUCUCGAUUAUAGCUAGAUUCUUCAUAGAUAAAUUAAAAAGGAUGAAAUUAUUUAAAUUAUUUUUAGGGAGUUUAUAAAACUCCAUGACAUUUUUUAUUAACUUCAUCGGUUCCGUACAUACUAUGGGCUAUUUUAUUUCAGUCUGAAUUUAUCAAAUAAAAAUAAUACUUGAUUUCAAACUGAAACGUGAGUCUAGGAGUGAGGGAGGGGGGUGACUGAGGGUGUGGGUGUUGGUCUGGGACCCACACACACACCCAUGGUGCGGGUGUGGGCGCGCGAGUGAGAGUGAGGGUGUGCUUGUGGUUUUGUGUACUAUAGGCUUUAGUCCCCUGCACAGGGGACUAAGCGGGGACUAAGCUUUUUGUGUGGGGGACUAAGGGGGACUUUGCAGGACUAGGGGAGACUAAGGGUUUUUAGUGAGACUACGUAGUAUCAAGCGAGAAAAGUUUGAUUCGGAAGAAAUUGGUGUGGUUUUUUGAUUUUGGAAUUCAGUUUGAAAUAAAAAAGCCCAUAGACUCGUUCCGUAACAGACCAUACAAGAUAUAAUCAUAGAAGUAUUGUUUCUAGUUUAAAGCUCAAAUCAAUAUCAACCUUUAGAAAAUUCUAGACCAACAAAAAAAACUUUCUUCUAGGAUUUAACCAGUGCAGAAUGCGAUACAAUAACAAUUUGAAGAAGAAAUCUUCACACUUAUUGCUAUUGAGAAUAGCUAAAAUCAUGAUAAAAUCUUUUACGAUCGUUGCUUUUUUGUGAGAAUUCUCAAAAAUUUAUACCUAUUGAAUAACCUACAGAACAAAAAUUUGUAAAGAUUUUAGAUUAAGGUUUCGAUAGGAGAUUCGUAUUGUCUUGUAAAGAAGCGAAAAUAUUUAAUUGUAGAAAGAUCGAAAUCUAUCCUUGAUCGAAACUGCUAUUGUUUAAAAAACCAAGUUCCAUACACCGAGAUCCUAUUAAGUUGAAAAUUUGUAAUACAUUAGAAAUGAAUUCAAAAUAAAAGAUUUGAUUGAUUCGUAUAUAGAUUAUUGUUUGUGCUACAAUGCAGAAUAAUGAAUAUGACAGAUUCUUCAAAUAUUCUUGAACUUGGGAAAGAUUUGUUUUUGAGUUCUUCUUAUCUACUAAAAUUCGAACUUACGUAUUAUUUUAUCUAAACUUAUCUUAGUUAGCACUUCGAUUAGCCUUUCUACAAACUACUUGUUUGUUUGAGAUUCAGAAAUAAAUUACUCAAUAAUAAGUAUGAUGCAAAAUUCAUGACAUAAAAUACUUUCGAAUGAUGUAUGAUUUAUAUUUGUCACACAUUCGUAAAUGGAAUAAGAAAGAAAAAUACUUACACAAAAAAUUUGUAAUUUUUUUAUAUGAAUCAGUCAAAAACGUCUUAUGGAUGGUAGUUAAGUAUAAUUAACUAUCGUUAUUAUCUAGCAAGAUGUUUUUAACGAAUUCAUACAAAAGUUGUAAAUUUAUUUUGUCUCAUUUCACUCAGAAAUGUGUGACGGACAUAAAUCAUACACCGUUUCCUAUCAACUGAUAACAAAAUUGUUUUUCCUUACAUUCAAAUUCUAUUAUAACUCAUUUUAUUUUAAAAUCGAAACAAUAAAAAAUAAAAUAAUUCUUAAAUAUAUUUCAAACUCGAACUAACAAAAUCAGUAAAUAUGUUGGAAAAAUUCGACAAAAAAGAAAAUUUCAUUCACGAUAAAAAUCCGAGUUUAUCGCAAUUUUUCACAUUACCAGUUAAAUUUUAGUUAGUUUUAGUCAAACUAAGGAUUCUUACACAAAAUAUUUCAGAAAAAUCAACAAUGUUUUGUUUUCAACAUUGAGAAAAACCAGAUUCUAAUCAAGUUCAUAAGUAAAAAGCUUUUGUAAUUGAGAGCAGUUCAAUAUUGUUUAAAACAAAUGAGAAGAACUCAUUUCAAUGACAUUUAUGUUUAUUUUUACUUCAUACUUUUGCCUCCAUUUCAGUACCACUACGUGCAAGUUCCAUUGAUAUUCAUCCAAAUGCAACAUGGUCAACGAAUGCUAUCACUGUUGCUGGAGGAAAUGGAAAAGGCCGUGCAACCAAUCAACUCUAUGGUCCAUGUGGUUUGUACGUCGAUGAUGAUCAAACGAUUUAUGUCGCUGAUUAUUAUAAUCAUCGUAUUGUGGAAUGGACAUCUGGUGCAACGAAUGGAAAAGUAGCUGCUGGUGGAAAUGGAGAAGGAAAUGGAGCUCAUCAGUUAAACUACCCACGAGAUGUGAUUAUCGACAAAGAGAGCGAUAGUCUCCUCAUCAGCGAUUGUGGGAAUAGAAGAGUAGUUCGAUGGCCUCGUCGAAAUGGCACUCGUGGAGAAACAAUUAUUUCCAAUAUCUCUUGCGAAGGUUUGACAAUGGACGAAAAUGGUUCUCUCUAUGUCGUUGAUGCAGAAGAACAUGAAGUGAGACGAUAUAAAAUUGGUGACACUAAAGGAACAGUAGUUGCAGGUGGUAAUGGAGAAGGAAAUCGUCACGAUCAGCUCUCUGAUCCCCACUACGUAUUUGUCGAUCGAGAUCAUUCAGUUUAUGUGUCUGAUCAUGGAAAUCAUCGUGUCAUGAAAUGGGAAGAAGGUGCAAAACAAGGCAUUGUCGUAGCCGGUGGUCAAGGACAAGGAAAUAGUCUCACACAAUUAAAUGGUCCUCAAGGAGUCGUUGUCGAUCAAUUGGGUACUGUCUAUGCGACUGAUGAUAGGAAUCAUCGAAUCAUGCGUUGGCCAAAAGAAGCCACACAAGGAAGUGUGAUUGUUGGUGGGAACGGUAAAGGAGCACUGUCGAAUCAACUCAAUGGUCCCGUAGGUUUAUCAUUCGAUCGACAUGGUAAUCUCUAUGUCGUCGAUUUCGGAAAUGCUCGAGUACAAAAAUUUAAUAUCGAAUGA